UACAUACAUUUAUUUAACUUUUGUCAUUUGUACUUUUAAAUAAUUCGAAAUAUCCGUUUUCAAAGAAGGAAGCGAUACAUGCAACUCUCGCGAUAACUUGCGUUUUCAGCUUCCUAUGACCCAGAUUACAUGGCUACCAGAGGUUAGCCAAAAUAACGUUAGCAAGAAAUGACUGAUUCGUGAUGGAUAGGCUUGCACUGUACUGUAAUGACUAUUCAUGCACCUUUUGCUGGAGUUGUCCCAUAAUAAAGUCGGUAACGACAGAAGGAUGUGUGUUUUAACCAGAAAACCAAGUUAACUUUAGCAUUCAAGUCGCAGGGAAGGCUCGGGGACAUCUCAGGAUUCACGUUAGCAACGGUGGCAGGUACCGUAGCAACUGCAGACGCUUGAUUUAUUCACCGUUACAGCUACCAGAGCAUGACAACAGCUGAGUCGCCUAAUCUACAGGGGUUCAACAGAGCAAACAUCCACCAUGAGAUUGAAAACAUCGCUGCUACAGGAACCCAAACAUAAGGAACUUGUGAGUUGUGUUGGCUGGACCACAGCAGAUGAGCUGUACUCAUGCAGUGAGGACCACCAGAUCCUCAAGUGGAACCUGCUGACCAGUGAGACCAGUCUGGUUGUCAAAUUGCCCGAGGAGAUGUACCCCAUUGACCUACACUGGUUCCCCAAGACCGUUGGUGGCAAGAAACAGAAUCAGACUGAGAUCUUUGUCCUCACCAGCACUGAUGGGAAGUUCCACCUGACCUCCAAGAUAGGGCGCAUUGAGAAGAGUGUUGAAGCACACAAGGGAGCUGUUUUGGCUGGAAGAUGGAACUAUGAUGGGACUGCUCUUAUUACAGCUGGAGAAGAUGGGCAGAUCAAGAUCUGGUCAAAAAGUGGGAUGCUACGCUCAACACUAGCCAGCCAAGGUUCUCCUGUGUAUUCUGUGGCUUGGGGUCCUGACUCAGACAGAAUCCUCUACACAUCAGGAAGACAGCUAGUCAUCAAGCCUUUGCAACCCAGCGCCAAAGUCAUACAGUGGAAGGCUCAUGAUGGGGUUGUUCUGAAGGUGGACUGGAAUUCAGUCAAUGACGUCAUACUGUCAGGUGGAGAAGACUGUAAAUAUAAGGUAUGGGACAGCUUUGGUCGUCUGCUUUACUCCUCGACGUCUCAUGACUACCCGGUCACCUCUUUGUCCUGGGCUCCAGAUGGAGAGGUGUUUGCCGUGGGCUCCUUUAACACCCUGCGGCUCUGUGACAAGACUGGAUGGUCCUAUGCGUUGGAGAAGCCCAACACAGGCAGUGUGUUCAGCUUGGCCUGGUCUGCAGACGGCACCCAGCUGGCUGGGGCCUGCGGCAACGGGCAUGUCAUCUUUGCCCAUGUGGUGGAGCAGCAUUGGGAGUGGAAGAACUUUGUGAUCACCCUUACCAAGAGGAGAACUAUGCAGGUGAGGAAUGUGAUGAACGAUGCAGUGGAUGCACUGGAGUUUCGAGAUAGAGUCAUCAAAACCUCUCUGGCGUACGGUCACCUAGUGGUCGCCACUUCCCUCCAGUGUUAUGUCUACAACUCAAGAAACUGGAACACUCCCCUCAUCUUUGACCUGAAGGAGGGAACAGUGAGCCUCAUCCUGCAAGCAGAAAAACAUUUUCUGCUAGUGGAUGGAGCAGGGUUGUAUAUAUUCUCAUACGAGGGUCGAUUGAUAUCCUCCCCCAAGUUCCCGGGUAUGAGAGCUGACAUCCUAAAUGCCCAGGGUGUCUCAGUUAGUAACGACACCAUCGCCAUCCGAGACAAGAGUGAUGAAAAAGUCAUCCUUCUCUUUGACGGCCUGACCGGGAAAGCCCUCGGCGAUGGCAAGCCUUUGACUCACAAGCUGGAGGUGGUGGAGAUAGCUCUGGACCAGUGUGGCCCAUCCACUGAAAGGAAGAUUGCCCUGAUAGACAAGAACCGUGAUCUUUACUUGACCUCUGUGCGUCAUCUGGGGCGAGAACCAAAAAUCUGCAAAAUUGGUAGCAUGGUUCACAGUAUGGCAUGGAAUGAUGCUGCUAACAUCCUGUGUGGAAUCCAAGACAACCAGUUCACAGUGUGGUACUACCCGAGUGCUGUCUUCACUGACAAGGAACUGCUGCCAAAAACGCUGUACAUAAAAGAUGGCAGUGAGUUCAGCCAUGCACCCCAUAUUCUGAGCUAUGUUGGCACCAAGGUGACGUUACGCCAAGGGGACGGUUCACUGGUGUACAGCUGUGUGCCUCCGUACCCAGCCCUCCUGCACGAAUACAGCACCUCUGCCCGCUGGGAGGAUGCACUGCGCCUCUGCCGCUUCGCCAAGGACCAAUCUUUGUGGGCAUGUCUUGCUGGUAUGGCAAUGGCAAACAGGGAGCUGACCACGGCCGAGAUGGCCUAUGCUGCCAUUGGAGAGUUACCUAGGGUGCAGUACAUCAACUUCAUAAAGGAGCAGCCAUCUAAGGAGUCAUCUUUGGCCCACAUGCUGAUGUUCAGCGGUCAGGUCCAGGAGGCUGAGGCCACACUGUUACAAGCUGGUCUCAUCUACCAGGCCAUACGAGUCAGCAUUGACCUUUUCAACUGGGAGAGGGCACUGGAGCUGGCAGUCAAACACAAGACUCAUGUGGACACUGUGCUGGCCUAUAGAGGGAAAUUCCUACAGACAUUUGGCAGGAAGGAGACCAAUAAGAGAUUCCUGCAGUACGCUGAAGGGGUUGAGGUGGACUGGGAGAAAAUCCAGGCGAAGAUUGAGAUGGAGUUGUCUAAAGAGAGAGAGAAAGCUGCGAACGCCUCUUUGAGGAGCAGCGUGGCCUCGCGACGUUAAUGUUCUCUGAAGCAUCCGCUUUUGCCGAAGUUGAUUCCCAUGUGUUUUAUGACAUUUGGUGAAUAUUAAGUGGUUUGGCUCGCCCUCAGAGUAAUACAAAUUGUCUCUACUUGAGGCAUAAUGGCUACCAUUAGUUACAAGUACAUUAACUUCAAGUAAAAACAAAUGGCAACAUUUGGAGAUGUGCAGAUUAGUCGGCCAUGAAGAAUAAGACACUUGACUUUUACUCUGACACAACAAUAUUGUAGCAUAUGCUGUGUAAUGGAAAACAUUUGCACAACACUGUCAUUCUGUUACUGCGGGUGGAUGAUUUGACUUUGGAUAAAAGUAUCUAUAUUUCUCAGCAACACCACCAUAAUGGCCUUUCUGUCAUAUCGGCUGCUCAGUGAUUUCAGUGUGUCAAGUUUAAAGUGGAUUGUUAUCUUCUUCCAUUUGUCAAAAUCAACUUGAAAUACUCAGUCGUGCACAAAUGUACUGCUUUGGUUUUUGUCAGCGAUGUUGACUGACACUUGACUUUGUGUUUUUAUGUGGAUAGAUAUUUUUUUACAGUUUAUAUAUUCAAAACUUUGCCUUCUGUAAACACUAAAAAGAAUGUCCGUAAAUAAAACUAAUGGUAAACUGUAUAUAUUCAGCCAGAAAUAUCCUGAAA